AUGGCUGACAAACCCGCCGCAAGCCACGCACGUUUCCGCGCCGCCCAGCAAGCUUCCACUCAAUUCGACCAUAUCCUGUCUCAGAAGUCGAUUUCUUCUGAUUCUCUGCAUCUUCACUCUUCUCUCUCUUCUCAAUCACAAUCUCAAUCUCAAUCGCAGUCCAGAGUUCAAUCCUCCACCCUGGCCCCUUCUCCUAUUCCCGGCUUGUUCAAUAAUAACCGCCAAUCGGCCAUUGAAUCUCGCACAAUGGCCGCCAAUUUCCCCCACAGCGACUCGUCCGCUGUCGCUCAGCCAGCACAAAUGGCUGCCCCGGCGCCACCCAAGGCCAGCAGCAGGCUGGACAUUAGCAAUCUCAUGUCUCCCCCUGAGAACCUGCUCGAGACUUUUAACCAGGUCAAGGCCCGUCGUCAAGAUUCAAAGACGCUCAAUGAAAUGACUUCAGUCCUCGCCACCAUGUCGGCAAACAGCGGCCGCUCUGCCUCGGUGUCUGACAAGCUGCCGCUGCCCAUGUCGCCGCCCAUCUCGCCUUACACCAAGUAUGCCUCCAGCAGUGCCAGCAACGCCGACAACACUCCAAGCACGCCGCAGAGCUCGACGAUCCAGGAUCCGGUACUCUAUCCCAUUGAUGAGUCGUCGCCAUCGGGCCUGCCACAGCCGCCAUUGUUUGCACCUGUCGAGGAUGAAGACACUCAUAUGCAAAUCGUCGACGACCAUGUCCGAGCUCUCAAGUCCACUGCCAACAUCUUUACUGUUGUUCCGCCUCCACGCCGUGAGGACUACAACCUGAUGAUCUCCAUCAAGUCACAGGUCUUGAAGAACUUCAACAACAACCCCAGAGCAUGGCUGAAGAAUGAGCGAGCCUAUCUCAAGGCCGAUCGCGAAGCCGCCAUUGGAGCUCGUCGUCUGCCUGCUAUCCAGCCAGCCAAGCCCAUUGCAGCCAAGCCAGCCCGAUCUCAGCGCGCUGAUCGAGUGCUUGAUCGAGUCACCAGCCGGGUCUCCAAGCCACAGGCCCCGCGGCCGAUUCGCUCCAGCGGUGGUCCCAAUCCUGCUGCAGCUGUUGCUUCCAACGUUUUGGUUUCGACUCUUGCUGUUGCUCGAACUACUGCUGGUCGACGUCGUCCCAGUGCUACGCCGGAGCCAUCUCGACGCAUUGUUGCCCCCAGCCGCGAGGACAAGAACUUCCAGAUGCUCCAGGACUUCUGCCCGCCUCUUGCUUCUCUCUCUGACCGUGCUGCUGCCCAGCUCAAGCCAGACUGGAAGGGCCAGCCCAUCGACCUCAGCAACGACCCCAACCGCAAGCUGCUGCACCCUGCUGAGCUCAACCUCGCCAGCGGUCUUCGUCUGGACUGUGCCACGUACCUCACCAGCAAGCGACGCAUGUUUAUGCGGCGUCUCGAGCGCUUCCAGAACGGCAAAGAGUUCCGCAAGACUGAUGCCCAGCAGGCCUGCAAGAUCGAUGUCAACAAGGCUUCUAGACUCUGGACUGUCUUCAACAAUGCUGGCUGGCUCGAGCCUCACUGGAUGGUCCCAUUCAAGGACUUCAAGAUCGAAUCAACCACCCGAUAA